GACCGCAAGUCUCCGAUCACGACCUUACCCAGUGCCCACGGCCCCUUCGUCUCUCCCUCAUCCAUCUCCACAGCCGCCGUCUCCGCAGCCGCCGUCUUGCCCGGCGCCGCCGUCCCCAUCCUCAGCAGCACAGCGCGGGCGGUUGCCGAACCCCACUCCCUGCCCCUCUCCCUCCCCCGCCUCCGAGCCGUCCCCUAUCCCAGCAGGCAGCACAGGCAAGAAUUCCCCCAAAUCCCCAGCCAAUCUCGCCCCAACCCCCAACACCGCCGAAAGAACCCUAGAGCCAGUGCCGCCCAUGGCCAGCGCCGGCGGCAGGUUCGAGAAGAGCCCCACCGCCGAGAAAGCCCUAGAGGCAGCGCCGUCCGUUGUCAGCGCCGGCGGCAGGUCCGGGGAGGUCCCCACCGCCCAGUUCCACAUCUACCAGCCGCCAUCCUCUCUCCGCGGCUGGCCCGACGACCACGACACGGAGGCCGCCCUCCGCCACCUCGGGCUCCUCGAUUUCGCGCGGCUCCAGCUCCCGGACGGCAUCCCCCGGCACGACCUCGUCUCCGAUCUGGUCGCCUCCUACCACCGGGAGAACUGCCGGGGCUACGCCUACCUCUGGGGCGUCCGCGUCAGUGUCGACCGCAAGUCCUUCCUCAGCGCGGCAGCCCUCCAAGCCACGGCGGAGCACAAGGUGCUCCCUCCACGGCGCAGGACGAGGAGCACAAGGAGCUCGUCCACGGUUACCUGCGCCGCCUUGCAGUUCAUGGAAAUGUGGAUCCUCCCGCAGUUCCAUGGCAGGGACAUGUUGCCGUCGAUUGUGUCGGCUGCGAUGCGGGAGGUUAAGGCGGAGUUAGCGCAUAACGUGGACUGGGGUGAGCUGAUCUGGGACCUAGUACAGAAUGAGAUUCUCGAAUUGCCAAAGAGGGAUGAUAAAAAUUCAUACUUUGGGCUGCAUCUCCUGAGACUCAUUUGGCUAAAGCAUCCAGAGGUGUUCGGGUUGAAGGACAAGAUGGAAAGACUCGCUCGGGUGCAUCUUGACAGAAUCUUGCCGCAGGUAGUCGACAACGUGACAGAAAGAAUCCGGUUGGAGUUUAUGAGACCGAAGAAGAUUACGAGAUUCUUCCGGGUGCAGCAGCCGCAGGUUGUCAACAACCUGUCCAAACCGGUGGAGUCUGGGGAUGAAGCUGCAGCAGGUGUUCAAGUUCGACAGCAAUCUGUGGUGGGGGAUGAAGCUGCAGUAGUUGUUCAAGUUCAACAGCAACCCGUGGUGGGGGAUGAAGCUGCAGCAGUUGUUCAAGUUCAACAACAAUCCAUGGUGGUGCAGAGCUCACCGCUGGCCACAGUGCUGAAUAAUGAUGCAAGCGUGGGCAAGAGGAACAGCUUGGAGGCUGCCCUGGCAGAGCCUGGGCACGCUGAUACGCACAAGCAUGGAGUGAAGCAUGUGAAGCAGCAGUUUCAGCAGGGCAAUCAACAAAAGCAGACCUGUAACAGUAACAAGUGUAGUGUACCCAGUGGAUCCAUAGUGCUGAAUGAUGAUGCGAGCGUGGGCAAGAGGGACAUCAUGGAAGCUGCCCUGGUGGAGCCUGGGCAGGCUGAUGCACACAAGCAUGGAGUGAGGCAUGUGAAGCAGCAGUUUCAGCAGGUCAAUCGACAGAAGUGGACACGUAAGAGGAGCAAGCGUAGGGUACCCAGUGGAUCAACAAUCUCUUCCGCAAAUAGUUCUCGUGACAUUAUAGGAAUAAAGAGUGAGGUUAAACGUGUGCGACUGGAGAACCAACCUCCAAAGGAGUUGCUUGAAGCAGAGAUGUUUAUCCAGGCAAUUAAGGUGCUGAACGAGACACUAUCUGCAGAAACCAUCGUACAUAUCUUGCAGGACUCUCCACCGUCUGGCUCCCCACUGAUGCGGGGUGGUGCAGUAGUGGAGGUCACUAAAUAGGAGAACGGUUCUCACGCUCGAAUGUGAUCCUGGUGGGAUCAGUAACAAGAUGUAGAUUUGCUCUCAUCUCGUGAGCGUUUGGCUCUUGGUUGGCUAGUCUCGGAGAACUGGAAUCAUUGGUUCAUCUUUUGGAUGUGUUGCCCUAAAACCUGGAGCCAGAGUACUUCAUAUGAAACAAAUGAUAUAUUUGUUGGAUGGUUUCACUUUUUUGGGAGUAGUCAGCAUGUGGAUGCUUGGGCUUUCCAGGUAGGCUCCUAUACUAGGCAACAAUCAAGAAUGGCACUCCAUCUCCUCUCUUGGUCCGCGUGCUUCAUCAUUGUUCUCGUCGUUGCUUCUGCCACCGACUAUGAUUGUAAUAUGUGUCCUUGGGGGCGGUGACUUUGCACUACAGGGAUGAGCUCACAUUGGGUUAUAUCUACCGGAGACUAGAGCCUUAUUGGUCUUGAAUGCUGCCAGCAACUUAAAUGUGUUAACGAAGCAACAUGUUCUCCCCUGCUUCACAUUUCUCUAGUUCCAUAUAAUACAUGAAGAUGCCAUGUGUCGUUCAGAAUGUUUUUUUUUUUGCGGACACGUGUCGCUCAGAAUGUGAUUCUGGUGGGACAUGUAAUAGGAUAGGAUGUAGAUUUGUUCUUGUCUGGUUAGCGUUUGGCUUUUGGAGCUCGGCUUUAUGUGGUCUGUAGCUCAUGGUUGGCUCUGCUGUUAGAAAAAUUGGAUGCUUGGUUCAUCUUUUGGAUGCUUUGCCGUAAAAUCUGGAGCCAGAGUACCUCAUAUGAAAAAUAGAAGUUUUACGUGUUGGAUGUUUUA